CUUUCUUGAGCUUCAGAAACUCGGCCAUGGCUUUACACCAUCUUCUUCCUGCGUCGAACGAGAUGUUCAAAACCUAGACUCUUAAUCCGGCAAAUCUAUUCAAUUCUUUUGAGAUAUUUCACCAAAUCGCACCAAGAAGUUUCGGCUGGAGCUUUUGGAGUCCAGGAAAUGGAUCACAUGGACAUUGAUGAAAUAUGUGAAAUUCCUGACACACCAGAUAGAUUUACAGCAGAAAGUAGAGGCGUUGUCUUUGGUAUAAGAAAAGAAUCAAAUACAUCAGUAGCUGGUCAUUCUGGAAAUCAGGCACGAGGGAAGGGUGUUUUGAUUGUUGAUAUCGAGAACGGACAAACACCAUCUUUAAGUUCACGAAAGAACUUAUGUAUUUCAAGUAAAAAUCAUCAUGAAAUCAAUUCAGGACUAGCAAAUUCUCCAUCCACAAACGACACUUAUAUGUUUAGACGAGCUGCUAACAAGACUGUAAAUGCUUUUAAAGGAAAAGCCAUUGCGGAUAUGACAGGUGAUAAAGGAAAAGGCCCAUUGCCUUUGAAACCUUUAAUUAUUGGAAAAUCUGAAGAUGAUUUACACACUCAGGCAAUCAUUUCAUCAGUCCAUGAUUCCUACAAGGGGAAAGGAAAGCUAGAAGAUAAAUACACAGGUCAGACAAAUACUAAGAAUGUGAAGGGACUAAUGAGUGAAGCUAGAGUCAUUGGGCAAAAGAGACUGGUGAGAAAUGGAUGUAUUGCACCUCUUAAUAUAGCAAAAUCCACUCAAAUGGUUGGAAAUCACAAUAGUACUUCAGUUAAUAUUCACAAUAAUGGGUCGUCUUCUAAGAAUGAAGAUACAACAUGUCGGAUUGAUAUAAAAGACUUAGUGGCAGAAGACAAUACGAAACAUAGAGGUCAAGGACUGCUUAGAACUCGCCCUUUAUUAUCUAAGGAGCCUAAUUCAAGGACAAUAUAUACAUCUUCCAGAAGUUCUGUAGUCAACAGUGAAAAUACAUGUGGAGCUAGUAAUGCUAGUGGAGAUGUUUCUGAGUUCUCGCAAAUGAUAGAUGGAUGGAGAAGUACACGCAAUCGUUCAAAGAAAGUGUCUGACGAGAGUCAAUCUCAUUUUAUUCCAUUAGAUGACCCAUACAGCAAUCAAAGACAUGAAAACUCAUGGGCCAGAAAAAAUUAUGUUGGGACAGACACUGAUGAUUUUGUAGAGUUGAAUCCAACUGGUUUGCUGAAUAAUUCUACUUCAUUUGGUUCUUCAAGAGUUCCUCCUCAUGUAUCUCAGCCAGAACAAUCUAAUGAAUGCUAUAGAACAAAUAUUACAAAACGGAAGAAGCAAGCUUCUACAUCACAACCUACUGGAACAGAAGUUGUGCUUCUUAGCCCGUUAGAGCAGCAACCAAGUUCAAGAUUAUCCAGAAACUUGACCAUUCGUAAUCAAAUUGCUUCAAAUUCUGUUAUUGAAAUUGAUGAAUCUCCUCAAACAAGAACUGGUCCACAAAGGGGUGAAAGUAAUAUUCAUGGAGAGUUAGAUGCUAGGGCUCAAGCUAUACAAGUUGAAGCAGAUGAAAGGUUGGCUAGGGAACUCCAGGAACAGUUGUAUAAUGAGGGGGGGACAUAUAAUCCAGUUGCUGAGAUUGAUGAAGACAUUGCACUUGCAUUGCAACAGGAGACCUCUCACAGAUUAAUCACUUCUCAACACCCACAGAUGGAUGAAGAGAUUGCACUGGCAUUGCAACAGGAGACCUCUCCCAUUCAAGCUCAUAUAUUCAAUAGGAGAGGUGGUGCACGGGCAUUAAACUUAAACAGACAGUUGCAAUCUAGACCUUCUCAGAAUGUGUCUGGUCGCAGAGGCUCUCAGGCUCGAAAUCCCGCCUCUAGAUUGUCACGUCUAAGAAGUCGUACAAACUUCCCGCCUUCUAGAGUCUCACAUCAGGCAAGAAGCUCCUUGUUUCCUCCUGAUAUGGAUGUGGACAUGAGAAUGUACAUACUGGAAACAAUGGAAGCAUUUGGUGACAUGGAAAUGCAAGGGAAUUUUCUUCAAGUUCAACGAGAUUUCAACGAAAAUGAUUAUGAAAUGUUAUUGGCGCUUGAUGAGAACAAUCACCAACACGGUGGAACAUCCGUAGAUAGAAUUAACAGCUUGCCUCAUUCUACAGUUCUGAAUGAUAACUUUGAGGAAGCUUGUGCAAUAUGUCUCGAUACCCCAACCAUUGGCGAUACAAUCCGCCACCUCCCUUGCUUCCAUAAAUUUCACAAAGAUUGCAUUGAUCCAUGGCUCCAAAGAAAAACAUCAUGCCCGAUUUGCAAAUCAUCAAUCACUUGAUGCUGGCUCCAUU